GUAAUUAACUUUUUAUUAAAUUUUUGGUCAUUUUAUAUGACCUAAAAUUGAUUUUAUUAUGUUUAUGCAAUGAUCUUAAUUUCAUAAAUAUCUCCUUUAAACUUAAAUCCUUAACCGCCAUAAAUCCUAAUAUAUGUUGCCAAAUAGUUUCUCAGGAUUUAACAAGAUUUAACAUUUAACAUACCAAACAGUUUUUAGGAUUUAACACAUUUCGGAUUUAUUAAAUCUGGAUUUACAGGAUUUAUUAAAUCCCACUAAAGUUAAAUCCAACUUGUUGCCAAACAGCCCCUAAGUGACCCAGAGAAAAAAUGAGGAGAGCAGCAGCGAAACGAAGCACAAAGGAGGCACGAAGGAAACCCUAAAAAUCGCACAAGGGGGCGCAGGGCGAUGGAGUUUUUUAUGUUUGGUUUCUUAUUCUUUCUCUAAUUGAUUCGAUUUUUCAUUAUAACCUGCAGGCCUAUAUUUUAUCGAAUCCUGCAGAAGAAAUCAACUGAAGAGUUCAAAUCGGAACCGUAUAUUAUUGCUCUUUUCAGUGCAAUGCUAUGGCUUUACUAUGCUUUCAUCAAAACAAAUGAGCUCCUCCUUAUAAUCGUUAAUUCAAUCGGGUGCAUUAUCGAAAUCUUUUACAUCACCAUUUUCCUAAUCUUUGCUGCAAGAAAAGCUCGCAUUUACACAGCAAAGUUGAUCCUCAUUUUGAUCGUUGGAGUUUUUCCGAUGAUUGUUCUCAUCACCCUUCUCUUAUUUAGAGGCUCUUCUCGCUUGCAAGUUCUCGGUUGGAUCUGUGUGGCCUUUGCUGUUUGCGUUUUUGCCGCUCCUUUAAGUAGCAUGAAACGAGUUAUACAAACUAAGAGUGUUGAGUUCAUGCCAUUUAACUUGUCCCUCUUCCUCACAUUGAGAGGCAUUUCAUGGCUCUUCUAUGGUUUGCUUUCCAAUGAUAUAUUUCUCCUGCUGCCAAACAUACUGGGUGUUACUUUUGGAUUUGUGCAGCUGCUUCUCUACUUCAUCUAUAGGGGCAAAGAAGAGGUUCAUAAAGAUCGCAGGGCUGAUAAAGUGGGACCUGAGGUUGAUAUUAAUAUGAUUGUGGAAGAAUGUUUCAGUGACAAGAAACAAGGCCACAACUCAAGCGAAUUACGAGCGGAGCAGAUCGUCUGAAAGCCUAUAUAGUUUGAGCUGUGAUGAAGAACUAUGAUACUUUCUAUAGUUUAUUAUAAUUACGAGACUAAUAUCAAAGUGAAUAAAGUCUUUGUGAUAUGCUAAUCGUAAAAUUAUAGGUUAUAUACUUCUAUCACUACUUCUUACAUAUAUAGCUUCUUCAUCCUUGGAAAUUUACAGUACGUGUAUGAGUUCCAUUUGGUUAUUAUAUUAAGUAUGCAUUCCUAUAUAUCUGUGAUGCUUCUUAAAAUAUAUGUAUCAAAGAUUUCUUGAUCCUUUAGAGUAACUCUUAUUAAAAUAUGUAAAA